CGGCGGCGACACGUGUGCGGCACCAGGAAGUGGCGGCGCGGCCGGGCCGGGAGUGCCGGGGUCAGGAUGAUCCCGGGGCAGGGGCCGGUGAUCCAGGCAGUGCUGGGGACAUUCCUCACCUGGGGGCUGACAGCAGCUGGCUCAGCACUGGUGUUUGUGUUCUCCAGUGGGCAGAGGAGGAUCCUAGAUGGGAGCUUGGGCUUUGCUGCAGGGGUGAUGCUGGCUGCUUCCUACUGGUCCCUGCUGGCCCCAGCCAUCGACCUGGCCCAGGACUUGGGCACCUUUGGAGUUUUUUCCUUCCUCCCUGUGGCCCUGGGCUUCUCCCUGGGAGCAGCUUUUGUCCAUCUGGCUGAUCUGCUCCUCCCAGCACUGGGUUUCAGUGGACCUCCCCACGCAGCCUUUGCCUUGAGCUGCGACCAGCGAGCGGUGAAAGAGAAAUCUGAGCAGGAAGCUUUGCAGCCCUGGGACCACAGGAGCGAGUUGUCCAUCCCCAUAGGUAGAGCUGGGCUCCAUCCAGACAAAGGUGAGAACGGGGAGCCCUACCAGAGGAGGAGGGGUGCAGGGGCCAGCCUGCCUGAGAGCCCCCCAGCAUUCCCCCCCAGCAGGGAUGGUGCCCCCACAGCUGGGAGCAGCAGCUGGAGACGGAUUCUGCUGAUGAUCCUGGCUAUAACCAUCCACAACAUCCCAGAGGGGCUGGCAGUGGGAGUUGGAUUUGGGGCUAUUGGAAAAUCAGCAUCUGCAACCUUCCAAAGUGCCAGGAACUUAGCAAUUGGGAUUGGGAUUCAGAAUUUCCCGGAGGGCCUGGCUGUCAGCCUGCCCCUACGUGGUGCUGGAUUUUCCACCUGGAAAGCCUUCUGGUAUGGGCAGCUGAGUGGCAUGGUGGAGCCCUUGGCUGGUGUCCUGGGUGCCUUUGCCGUGGUGGUGGCUGAGCCUCUCCUGCCCUAUGCCUUGGGCUUUGCUGCUGGAGCCAUGGUCUAUGUGGUGAUGGAUGAUAUCAUCCCGGAGGCACAGACCAGUGGCAAUGGGAAGUUGGCUUCCUGGACCUCCAUCCUGGGAUUUGUGGUGAUGAUGUCCCUGGACGUUGGGCUCGGGUAGGGCAGCAAAGCACUCCUCAGGAGAAGCCUUCAAAGCCAUUUCUGGGCAGCGUUUGGAACUGGACACACGUUAUCCUCAAGAUCCUUUCUGUACAUAUGUUGGUUUUUUAUUUUAAUCUGGUUCGGUGUUGAUUUCCUAUCAUUUUAUAUCUCUUCCUCCCCUCCAACAUCAUGUCAAUGGUUUUCAAAGCACAAAGGUGGGUGGUUCCCCGUGGGUCCCAGUUUCCUUUUGCCACCAGGUUUUCUCUUCCCCUCAGGAGGUUGUAGGACAACGUGCUGGCCAGGCUGCAGGUCACCACGUCCCUUCCCUCCCAUGCUGGGCUCAUUUCUCUGGGUCAGGUUGCUCUGGGGUUUGAUCAGUUUUGUUCUCUAGAAGAUUAGAAAUUGGAUGUUGCACGUUGAGGCUGCUCUGGGGUUUUGUACCCAGGUGUUUGAACUGAGUAAGCUCCUAAUGGAGUCUUCAUUUGGAAACUUCUUUCAAAAGGCAGGGGGAAGGUUUUGGGGCUGAGGUGCAAUGCUCUGCAGGACCACAGGUCUCCAGGAUCCUGCUGGUCCUUGGGAAUGUUUUAGGGAGUUUGUUCUGAUGGAUGCAAAAAGGCAAGGAAAAAAAUCCCUGUAAGAGGGAAAGGUCAUUUUCCCCUGAUUUUCUCUCCUAACUGGGGCAUUGAUCCAAUUCAUUGUGUCCAGUACCUUGAGGUUUCCUCUGGAAAAAGAAGCAGGGUAGCAAAGUUUUUGUGUUUUCUGCUCUCUGCAGAGCCAAGGGGUGGUCACUCACCCACCCCCCGGGGAGGUGCUGGGGUACAGCAGGAUCUGUUUCCAUGGGGGGGGCCCUGUCUGCCCUUACCAAGCAAUUGCUAUUUCUGAUGUUUUGUAACUCCCCGAGGAGCCCACGGAGGUUUUUCCUGGCAGGUUUUUCUUUCCUGGUGGUGGCCCUGGUGGCUCCUCACCCUGCAGGAGAGCUGGGAGCUGAGUCAGGCUCUGAGCAGGAGGAAAUCAUUCAUCUGGGUGAAUUCAUUGUUCCUACCUGAAGGGCCAGAAAUGUGCAGCCUGUGUGUCUGCCUCCUCACCCUCUGCUUUUCAAGCAUCUCCUGCUGAUCCUGAGCAGGCAGGAGGAGUCCCUGCCAGGCAGAGGGAUGAGCUUGUCCCACCCUGCACCUGGGACAGACUGGAGCGAGGAGCUGGAAGGAUGCUGGGAGCAUCCUUUUCACUAGGGAUGCUUCUGCCUUCAGGAAGAAGGGAUUCCUGAGUCCCUUCUGCAGGAAUACCAGGAUCUCCUGGCUGCUGCCUGCAUCCUGGGCCCUCCCCACCCCGAGGGCUGGGGGUAGGAGAAGCUGCAGGAAGGGCAGCUCAAGGGACGGGGUUGAAUAAACUCAGCUGGAGGCAGGCAGGCUGCUAUGGGUCAGGUUGAUUUUGAGGUUUGUUUUGGUGGGGUUUUUUUGGUUUUGUUUUGGUGUUUUUUUGUUUUGGUUUGGUUUUUUUUAAAAUUUUUUUUUUUUUUUGGGUUGGAUUUCAUUUGUACUUCAUUGGUGUGUCACUCUGGGUGGUGAUGAUACGAAACUACUGUCUGCUGAUGGAUUUGACCUUUUAACUGUGAUUGGUUUCAAUAAAUGGGAAGUU